AUGGCGGCAAGAACGGAUACUUCGCAUCUGUGCCGAAAUGUACCCUGGGCCAUUUCUGGAUUAGCGCUGGGCCGGACCGCUCAGCAUCCCGCGUGCUGCCUCACAUCCCUCUUCCAUCUCCCCAAGCGAUUUUCCUCGAAUUCAAUUUCAUCUGCCUCGGCUCAAUCUUCAUCUUUCUCGUCUUCUUCUACUUCUUCCUCUUCAUCGUCCGUCUAUCCUCCGCCGCCCGACUCUGGCGAUGCAGCGCACUACGCGCCGGCCUCCUUUCUUUCCCACUCCUCCGCGUCCUACUUCCACUUUGAAGUGCUGCACACCUCCAAGCGCUCGGGCGCCCGCGUUGGCCGCAUCCACACGCCCCACGGGGUGAUCGAAACGCCCGGCUUUGUGGCCGUCGGCACCAACGGGACGCUCAAGCACAUUUCCACGCUGCACGGCAAUGAGAUGGGCGUGCAGGCCAUGUUCAUGAACACCUACCACCUCCUCUUACAUCCGGGACCGGAGGUGAUCGGCAGCGCUGGCGGGCUGCACAAGUUCAUCCAACACAAGACGCCCAUCAUGACCGACAGCGGUGGAUUCCAGCUGCCCCACGAAAGAGAAGAGGAAGAGAUCGCCCGGCAAGAAGCCGAGGCCGAGGCACAGGGCAUCGGCGACGAACGUUCGAAGAAGCUGCUGGCCCGCGCACGCGACCGGGAGAGGAACGAGGAGAGCGGAUACAUAAGCCUCGUGCAGCGCAUCAACGAAGACGGCGUCUUCUUCAAAUCUUAUCGGGACGCAAACGGAUCAAAUGACAUCGCCGUCGAUUUCGGCCUUUGGUGCGUCCGCCUUUGCCCUCCACUCAUUCACAAUCUCGUUGGCAAAGGCAUCAAACACGUCAUCGGAUGCGGCCGGGUCGAUCCCGCGCUGCUUGAACAUCUCCAUGGCUUCGACCGCAUAGACGGCAUCGAUGUUGUAGGGUGCGAGUACGCGGGCCGUCGCGAUCUUGCGAUCCACUAUCAACUUGGAACAGCGCAUGAGCGGCAGCGUCUCCUUGACCACGCGCAGCGCUCGGUCCCAGUCGAGCGCUAUCUUGCCGGUUGUGUGGCCAUCUGCGGGUUCCCGGUCGGCGAUGGCGGGUGCACGAUGAGCAUGCGAUUCGGCGCCCACGAUCGGGCCAUGGAAUCGGUCUCGCGCAUUCUGGAUUCGGUCGCCGGAGAACAGACGACGCCGCGCUGGGUGGUGAGUGGUGUCAGAGGCAGAGCUCGGAUGAUUGACUCGGAUGAUACGCUGUCUCUGAUCGCGAAGCGGUGGGGCGUCGGACCCCCAAAGGACCAACGCCAACGUCGUGCGUAUGCACUGACCCUGUCGUCUGAGAUCAUGCGCAUCGGAUUCGCCGCGACUCUCGAUCUGGCGUCCAUGCGCGAUGAACACGGAGGCCUGCACAUUGCAUCACCCCAAGGAUCGAUGGUGCACAGGAUUCUGCUCGGCUUCGGCAUCGUAUCGCGGCUGUCACUCGAUGUCAUACACGUCACCGCCCGGUGGACCAAGAGACUGGACAACCUGCUGAACUCUGUGGCAACAUAA